AUGACGCAAACCGCAGCCUAUUCGGUGGACGCAUUCAUCGACGACGUUCGCGAGAUUUUCGACUCCACGGAGGAUGCGCUGGCCCAGGCUUCCGGCGUGGCGAAGCGCAUGGAGCUCCUGUUGGCCACCCCCGGCUGGCUGGAGGAGCGGCUGGAACUCCCCGACGAGGGUGGGUACGGACGCUAUGAUCUCCACCUGGAUGAAGACUACGGUCACCCGGGCGGCGGGUUCUGGCUGAUGGCUUCGGUGCAGAAGCCCGAACAGGACAACCUGCCCCAUGACCACGGCGCAGCCUGGGUGGUGUACGGCGUGUACGACGGCGCCAUCAAGCAGACCAAGUUUCGCUGGUUCUAUCCCGGCGAGGGAGUCGACUCCGUGCAGAUCCAGGAGACCGGCGACUUCGUUCAGGGGGAUGGCAAAGUAGCCUUCUUCCUGCCCGGGGAGAUCCACAACACUUUGAACGUGACCGAAGGUCGGACCGAUGGUCGCGCUGUGGUAGUGCGCCUGGAAUCCCAGAAGCUGGACCGCGUAACCCGUUAUCAGUACAACCCUGGCGAGGGCACCAUGGUGGUGAUGGACCGCUAG